AUGCCGCCCGCGUACCAGGAAGGCUCGGAAGACGAGUACAGUCCACCAGAAGACAACCUUGAUCCAGAGCUCGUCCUUGCCCGUGUACGAGCAUUUCAGUCAGUCCCUGUGACGCUCAUCGUCGACCCACCACGCUCGAAAGAGGCGCAGGAACGCAUAGACAGACUCAAGGCAUACGCCCGAGGACCACGGAUGACAGGCCCUUGGGAUGGGACCAAAUUACAACUCAGUUCUGCAAUCCUUGGGAAUCCACUCACCAAGGUAUGGUCACAACUUGAACCCGAUUCCGACAGCGAGAUCGAGUACGAGUUGCAUGAAACCGAGGAAGAGUGGAAGGCAUGGGUGCUAAAGGCCGAGGCCAAACGGGCCAAGAAGGCGGCGAGAAAGCAACUUCAGAAGCUGGAUAUGACUAUGGCACAAGGAUUGACGACGGAGUCACCUAUACUAAGGCCGACCAACUCGUCGCAGCCGGUCGUCGAUCCAACAAUCCUCGCAAACGAGCCAGACCCUUCUCAUGAUGAUGGAUUGGCGCCAGUGGUGGAUUGGAACGAGGACAGUCUCGUGGAAUGCUUUCAAUCAACCCCCAAGCGCCCUCGCAUGGCUGCGGGAGAAACUCCUAGACAACUCGCUUCGCCCCCAGAGACUAGGGAUCAGCCACUACCUUCCGUAGCCAACGGACCUGCUGCGUCACCAGUCUUAGGAGACGGGCAAAUAACCGAACCCUUUGUUUCAAAUAGGCCUCUCUCGCAGCGUGCUCAAUCUCUUCCAAAGCAACCUAUGCCGAUCACGCCUCUCUCACCGAAUGGGCCAAGGCUUGAACGUUUCCGUGCGAAUCAAUUGUUACAUGGGUCUCCUACCCCAAAGACAGCCUCUCGUCUCCAGGAUAGUUGGACCCCGAUGGUACACAAGGGAGAUUCACAGCGUGACGGUACAUCACCGGCUACAACAGCCUUUUUGUACGGAUCGAAAACCCCAGCCGAGCGCCCUCGUUGCACGCAAGAAGUUGAGGAUUCAAACGGAUACGCACGCGAGUUGGAAGCAGAGGCGGGUCGAUUAACUGGUAAUUCGGCCCUCGAGACUUCAAUGUACGUUCACCAAGGCUCCACUCGAGAUCAAGAUCCAGACUCGUUAAAGUACCACGGAACGGUCACGCCAGUGCGUGAUCAUGGGAGGCCUCGUCGUGGGAAGAAUACGAUUACGACGAGUCCUGGAACAGGUCGAGGGACUUGGGACUUGGGUGAAUCGUUCGGAGGGCUUUCGCAGGACACGAGGGCGAUUUCGGCAUUUGUGGAGGAAGACAUUGGAGAGGUGUAUCGGGACGAUUUUGAGGGGCAUCCAUGGUGA